AUGGGCAACCAUCCGAAUAAGCCGCUUCUAGAAGCAGCGCGGGCGCUGUUGAAACAGAAGGAGCUUAAGGUCCCAGAUCGGGUGUUGCAGAACUUUCUCAAAGAAGUAGAUCGAGUGGCUCCCUGGUUCGUUCUCUCCGGGUCCCUUACGGAAGGAUCAUGGAGCAAGCUAAGUGGGGAUCUGACACGAGAAAAGGAACAGGGGACCCUAAGACCAGGGGUAUGGCCACUGUAUAAAUUGUUCAAAUCGUGCAUUAAGGAUGAGAGGUGCAAGGAAAAGAUCAAGGAAGGCCAGCGGGUCUUAAACAGGGGUCAUGCUAAAAAGGGCUCUGGCCACGUGCAGCCAAUUUGCUGCAUGAUCAAGGACAAGGCCAUUAAGAAGUUUGUCAUUCAGAACAUUGUAGAGGCCACUGCUGUCAGAGACAUAUCUGAAGCAAGUAUUUUUUUUUUAAUUUAUGCGCUUCCCAAACUCUAUGUCAAAAUGCAUUAUUGUGUGAGCUGUGCCAUUUGCAGCAAGGUGGUCAGGAAUCGAUCUCAUGAAGCCAGGAAGAACGAAACACUUCCCCCUCCCACACAUAUACCAUGAUUUAGACAUGCUGGAGCUGCACCACAGCCUCCACCAAAGCCCAUGCAAAGACACAAGGCUUUGGUGAAAGAAUGA